AGCUUGAUCUCGCAUCGCAAAGCCACAACCAAACAACCUGUCAAUAUGGUAUACUACUUCUCGUCGAACACCGUGUCUCCGUCGGCCUUUAUUUACGUCGGCAAAGACAAAGUCGAAAACGAAGAGCUGAUAAAGUACGGCUGGGAUGAAGAUGUCUGGUUCCACGUUGACAAUCUCUCUUCGGCUCAUAUCUACGUCCGCCUACCAGAGGGCGAGGACUGGGAAAAGAUGAACAAGGAGUUAUUAAUCGACUGUGCGCAGUUGACAAAGGCGAACAGUAUUGAGGGCAACAAGAAAGACAACAUCACUAUUGUGUAUACGCCGUGGAGUAACUUGAAGAAGGAUGGCAGUAUGGCUGUGGGCCAGGUUGGGUUUAAGGAUCAGCGCAAGGUCAAGCGCAUACAUGUUGAGCAGAGGGAAAACGCCAUUGUCAACCGCCUGAACAAGACAAAGGUUGAAAAGUUCCCUGAUCUGCGUGAAGAGCGAGAGGCGAGGCGUGCCGAGUUGAGGAAGCGGGAGCAGGGUGCAGUGCAGGCAAAGAGGAAAGAAGAAGCGCGCGUUGCCAGAGAGCGCAAGGAGCUCGCUUGGCGGAGAGACCACGCCUAUGACGACGUCAUGACUGAGGACCAUCUCGAGGAAAGCAGUAAUCAGAACCGCGACGAGAACUUCCUUGAUGACUUCAUGUGAGGCUCCCUCAAUGCUCACGCGAUUAUGGUCUAGUGCAAGUGCGCGGCAGACGGGCGCUUUGCGAGGGCUUCGAGGCAGCGGUACCAUUUGUUGCCUCAUCUAGGAUCGCGAAGGGUCAUUGCUGGCAGGCAAAGCCCUAUACUUUCGUUCAACAUACAGAUGUUGUGAUUGAAAACAUCGUAUGCAGUCGUCUUGAUCUCGAGUUCAUCGCGGGUUCUGGCAUGUCAGCCUCACUGUGUUGGGCUCUGAGCGAGGCACGGGGACAUACAGAGUCUUCGCUUUGUGCCUUGCGUGGCCUCCUUGACUCUGUAACCACCAUACAAACAAUAA